GCAGCCGCAGUAGCCGCCACGGCCGCUCCUAGCCCGGGGGAUCCUGGGACGAGGCCUUUCCGGAAGGACCGGCUCGGCGUUGGGGGCUCGGCCCGUGUUCCAGGCCCAAGCUCGUGUUCCAGGUCCUUGCUCCAGGACGGGCCGGUAGCCGCGGCGACGCUCAAAGGGCAGCGGAGGGCGCGGCGGGCCGCUCUCUGAGGUGCCAGCCCUCGCCGUCGAGCGAGACGCCGGGCCGCAGGACGUGGCGGCACCUCCCCCUUGGCCCGGCGCAGAACUGCGGAAAGAAGAGCAGCGCAGGCCGGACCAGAUGAACCGGGUCACUUAACUGCCUCAGGUGAUGAAUCAUCUACAUAGUAGUCAGAUUUGAGGUCCACAGCCCUCUGUGGGCCAGCUGCAGAACAAUUUUCAAUGUGUGACUGUUGUGUUCUGAGGCGUGCUGCAGUGACAGUUUGCCCUUGAUAAGGAAAGCGAGCUCUCUUGCUCUUGGGACAUCCUCGCUUCCUUUAAAGCUUUCCGGCCGUAACCUCUUUGUCCGGCAUACAUCUUUGUGCAGGAGGAAGGCGUUCACAUGAAAGUGUCUCUCGGUAACGGUGAAAUGGGCGUCUCCGCCCAUUUACAGCCUUGCAAGGCAGGAACCACACGUUUUUUUACCAGCAAUACUCACAGUUCGGUGGUAUUGCAAGGUUUUGAUCAACUUAGAUUAGAAGGAUUGCUUUGUGAUGUGACUCUGGUACCAGGUGAUGGAGAUGAAAUCUUCCCUGUUCAUAGAGCUAUGAUGGCGUCCGCUAGUGAUUACUUCAAGGCUAUGUUCACGGGUGGAAUGAAAGAACAGGAUUUAAUGUGCAUUAAGCUUCACGGGGUGAACAAAGUUGGUCUGAAGAAAAUAAUUGAUUUUAUUUAUACUGCAAAGCUUUCUCUUAAUAUGGACACUCUUCAGGACACUCUUGAAGCUGCCAGCUUUUUGCAAAUCUUGCCUGUUUUAGACUUCUGUAAAGUGUUUCUUAUUUCAGGAGUCUCUUUAGAUAACUGUGUUGAAGUUGGACGAAUUGCUAACACCUACAAUCUUAUAGAAGUAGAUAAAUAUGUCAAUAAUUUCAUUCUGAAGAAUUUUCCUGCCUUACUGAGUACUGGGGAGUUUCUAAAACUCCCUUUCGAAAGGCUUGCCUUUGUGCUUUCUAGCAAUAGUCUUAAGCACUGUACUGAACUUGAGCUCUUUAAGGCUGCCUGUCGCUGGCUAAGGUUGGAAGAUCCCCGGAUGGAUUAUGCUGCAAAAUUAAUGAAGAAUAUUCGAUUUCCACUGAUGACACCACAGGAUCUCAUUAAUUAUGUGCAGACAGUAGAUUUCAUGAGAACGGACAAUACGUGUGUGAAUUUGCUUUUGGAAGCUAGCAAUUACCAAAUGAUGCCAUAUAUGCAGCCAGUGAUGCAGUCAGAUAGAACCGCCAUUCGAUCUGAUUCGACACACUUGGUUACAUUAGGAGGCGUUUUGAGGCAGCAGCUGGUUGUCAGUAAAGAAUUACGGAUGUAUGAUGAGAGGGCUCAAGAGUGGAGAUCUUUAGCCCCCAUGGAUGCUCCUCGUUAUCAGCAUGGCAUUGCUGUCAUUGGGAACUUUCUUUAUGUAGUUGGUGGUCAAAGUAAUUAUGAUACAAAAGGAAAAACUGCUGUUGAUACAGUUUUCAGAUUUGACCCUCGAUAUAAUAAGUGGAUGCAGGUUGCAUCAUUAAAUGAAAAGCGCACGUUUUUUCACUUGAGCGCCCUCAAAGGACAUUUGUAUGCUGUUGGUGGGCGAAGUGCAGCUGGUGAGCUGGCCACUGUAGAAUGUUACAAUCCAAGAAUGAAUGAGUGGAGCUAUGUUGCGAAAAUGAGUGAACCCCACUAUGGCCAUGCUGGAACAGUGUAUGGAGGCUUAAUGUAUAUUUCGGGAGGAAUUACUCAUGACACUUUCCAAAAUGAGCUCAUGUGUUUUGACCCUGAUACAGACAAAUGGACACAGAAGGCUCCAAUGACUACAGUCAGAGGUCUGCAUUGCAUGUGUACAGUUGGAGACAAGCUCUAUGUCAUUGGUGGUAAUCACUUCAGAGGAACAAGUGAUUAUGAUGAUGUUCUAAGCUGUGAAUACUAUUCACCAACCCUUGACCAGUGGACACCAAUUGCUGCCAUGUUAAGAGGUCAAAGUGAUGUUGGAGUUGCUGUCUUUGAAAAUAAAAUCUAUGUCGUAGGUGGAUAUUCUUGGAAUAAUCGUUGUAUGGUAGAAAUUGUCCAGAAAUAUGACCCAGAAAAGGAUGAAUGGCAUAAAGUUUUUGACCUUCCAGAGUCACUUGGUGGCAUUCGAGCUUGUACUCUCACAGUUUUUCCACCUGAAGAAAAUCCUGGGUCACCUUCCAGAGAAUCACCUCUUUCAGCACCUUCAGAUCAUUCUUAGGACCAAGGUGUAAUACCUUUGCAGUGCAUCAAGGAAGAUCCCAUAAUUUCCCUUCAGUUGUAUCUUCUUAAAAUGAUUGGUACAGUUAUUAGAUUAAAAAGGUAAUUGAUGUUAUUUGUAUUGUUUGGCUUAGUAUGUUUAUCAAAUGGUUAACAAAUGUAUUCUGCAAAUGUAUGUAUUCAACAUAGCUAUUUUAACAAAUGUAAAAAGCAGAAAAAUGAUUGUUAGAUAUCUUUUUGUGGUGGUGUGUAAGGCAAAGUGUAAGUGAUUGUAGUAAAUGUAUAAUUAUGUUCAUUAUGCUUCAAAGUUGAAAGCUUUCAUCUUUGACUACAAAACAUCAAAGGGAGGAUGCCUGCUAUAACCUAAAAUAAUAAACAAAAAAGGUCACCAAGCCUUAUUAGCUGCUUCCCUUUUUUCACGGUUUGUAACAUAGCUGCUGACUCACCAGGUUGUGUGGGUACAUUCAGAAUAUGUGGCAGUUCUUCAGCAGACUGGAGGAAUAUUAACUCAAAAAUAGUAAAACCCCAAGUCAGGGUUUCAUAUCUCUUUUCUGGGGAGAGGAAGAGAGAAAAUACAUUACCACACACAUACAUAUGUAUAUACAUAUAUAAUUUUUAAAUUGAUUGGCACUUCAGCUAUAGUGAAAUUGUAAAUUUAAACUCUUCUACAUAGCAACUAUUUCCAUUCAAAUGGGAAUUCACUACUAGAGAGUAAAUGUCUAUGUAGUCUUACUGCAGUGAUGUAGAUAAGGACUUCAACAUUAAAUUAUUAAUAACCGAAUUUGUCAUUUGACUGAAUCGUUACUACAGAUGAAACUUAACUUUUCCUGCUUGUAUAUUGUUUUCUGUAGAGUUGCCUUUAUACAGAUUAUUUAGCAGAGUUCAAGUUUCAGACAGUUACUUUUGCUCAGUAAAUUUAGGCUCUGCUACUUUCCACCUUUGUGUUCAGUAAAACUUAUGAAAAAGACAAAAGCAUGCUCAACAAAGCUGUAGGUUUUUAAGUUCAGUCUCUCAACUUAGUUAUUCUGACAUGAUUAUUUGAUUUGAGGUGGUUGCUCUGGUGCUGCUCCAGCCCGUGUGCAUUCUGAGCUUUGUGUGAUCCAUCUUGAGGCUGUGAUCUGAGCAAGCGGAAGAUGUACUUUUGGCAUCACAUCAGAAAAUGUUCUUUUGGCUAUGUCUCAAGGACAGGGCCAACUUCAGAUUCCCUAAGAAGCCAGCUAUAGAAAGCUUGGGACACUGUUGUCUUGCAGGCAGUACUAAAGUAGAUCUUCAGCCUCUUCAAUACCAAAGGCAUCCCUACUGGUUGAGAACUACAAGGGGAGAUCUUAAUGGGACCUUAUCAGCAAAAGGAAUCAUGAGUCCUCUGAAGUGAGUGAGUCUGAAGAAUCUGAAGAGGUACUUCCCUGGAAUAAUUGCCUGCCUGAAGAAAAAGUUUACAUACAUACAUUUACGUAUAUAUUAACAUUUAUAUCCCUGUACUUGGGAGAUUGUCAUAGUAUAAAUCAGAAACAGCCUUGUUAUUGACAAUCUCAGGAACCAAAACGAAAGGAAUUGGCUUCAAGGGAUCUGAACCUCACUGCCCUUUUCAUUUUAAUGCUUUUAUGAUUUCUGCAUUGGCAGAAAAUUUCAUACUUCCUAUUUUUUUAAAUGACUCAAUUUUUUAUUACUAAAUAUAGCACAUUUGAGUACAUUUAGAAAAUAGAAAAAGUAGAAAUUGUAAUAACUUCGUGCAUCAAAUAAGAAAAAGCAUCUCAGUUAUUUCCUUAAUUAUUAAUUAGGUUAAAUAUUUGCAUUUUUUCAGUAGCUCUGUUCCUCUUUAAUCAAAUGUUAAUGUCUUUGCUCUUGUAAUACCUAUUGGAGUUGCUUUCUUUUUCAUAUCAAGUUAUAGCAUCUCUUUAUAUAAUAAAUAUAAUUUAACUGGCA